UGCUUCUAGGCUGGAAACCAUGAAGUCUGUCUUAAUUCUGGCUGGGCUUGUAGCCGUCGCGCUCAGCAGUGCAGUACCAAAGCCGAGCACCAUAAAGACAAAAAAUGUGGAUGCCGUAUUUGUUGAAAAGCAAAAGAAAAUUCUGUCCUUCUUCCAAGAUGUGAGCCAACUAAACACUGAUGAUGAAUAUUAUAAAAUUGGCAAAGACUAUGAUAUCGAAAUGAAUAUGGACAACUACACUAACAAGAAAGCUGUUGAAGAAUUUCUGAAGAUGUACAGGACUGGUUUUAUGCCUAAGAAUUUAGAGUUCUCCGUUUUUUAUGACAAGAUGAGGGAUGAAGCUAUUGCUCUAUUCCAUUUAUUCUAUUACGCUAAGGACUUUGAAACGUUCUACAAGACUGCCUGUUUUGCGCGUGUGCAUCUCAAUCAAGGUCAAUUCUUGUAUGCCUUCUACAUCGCUGUUAUCCAGCGCUCUGAUUGCCACGGUUUCGUUGUUCCUGCUCCGUAUGAAGUAUACCCUAAAAUGUUUAUGAAUAUGGAAGUGCUGCAAAAAAUUUACGUAACAAAGAUGCAAGAUGGCCUCAUUAAUCCUGAAGCCGCAGCUAAGUAUGGCAUUCACAAGGAAAACGACUACUUCGUUUACAAAGCCAAUUAUUCUAACGCCGUUUUAUACAAUAAUGAAGAACAAAGGCUGACAUACUUCACUGAGGAUAUUGGCAUGAACGCUUACUACUACUACUUCCACUCUCAUUUACCGUUCUGGUGGACAUCAGAAAAAUACGGAGCCCUUAAAGAGCGUCGUGGAGAGGUUUACUUCUACUUCUACCAGCAAUUAUUGGCUCGUUACUACUUUGAGCGUCUUACCAAUGGACUUGGUAAGAUUCCCGAAUUCUCAUGGUACUCUCCGAUAAAGACUGGAUACUAUCCAUUGAUGCUAACUAAGUUUACACCCUUCGCACAAAGACCUGACUACUACAACUUGCACACCGAAGAAAACUAUGAAAGAGUAAGAUUCCUUGACACUUAUGAGAAGACAUUCGUUCAGUUCCUCCAAAAGGACCACUUUGAAGCCUUCGGACAAAAAAUUGAUUUCCACGACCCGAAAGCCAUUAACUUCGUCGGCAACUACUGGCAAGAUAAUGCAGAUCUGUAUGGAGAAGAAGUCACAAAAGAUUACCAACGUUCUUACGAAGUAUUUGCGCGCCGUGUGCUAGGUGCUGCGCCUAUGCCAUUCGACAAGUACACUUUCAUGCCUAGUGCAAUGGACUUUUACCAGACUUCUCUUCGUGAUCCUGCUUUCUAUCAGCUCUACAACAGAAUUGUGGAAUACAUCGUUGAGUUCAAGCAAUACUUGAAGCCUUACACUCAAGACAAACUUUACUUUGAUGGUGUCAAGAUAACUGAUGUUAAAGUCGAUAAAUUGACAACAUUCUUCGAGAACUUUGAAUUCGACGCCAGCAACAGCGUGUACUUUAGUAAAGAGGAGAUUAAGAACAACCACGUCCAUGACGUUAAGGUGCGCCAGCCACGAUUGAACCACAGCCCCUUCAACGUUAACAUUGAGGUUGAUUCUAAUGUCGCCAGUGACGCUGUUGUCAAAAUCUUCCUGGCUCCCAAAUACGAUGACAACGGAAUACCUCUCACAUUAGAGGACAACUGGAUGAAAUUCUUCGAGUUGGACUGGUUCACAACUAAACUCACCGCUGGUCAGAACAAGAUUAUCCGCAAUUCGAAUGAAUUUGUCAUAUUUAAAGAAGACUCCGUGCCAAUGACUGAAAUUAUGAAGAUGCUCGACGAAGGAAAAGUACCUUUUGAUAUGUCGGAAGAGUUCUGUUACAUGCCUAAAAGACUCAUGCUGCCUAGAGGUACUGAAGGUGGAUUCCCAUUCCAGCUCUUUGUUUUCGUCUAUCCAUUCGACAACAAAGGCAAGGACUUGGCUCCUUUCGAAUCUUUUGUUCUUGACAAUAAGCCUCUUGGCUUCCCUCUGGAUCGCCCCGUUGUUGAUGCAUUAUUCAAGGUUCCUAACAUGUAUUUCAAGGAUAUUUUCAUUUACCACGAGGGUGAACGGUUCCCUUACAAAUUCAAUCUUCCUUCGUAUGACACACAGUCUAAUGUUGUUCCAAAAAAUUAAAUUUAA